UUGAUUUUGUUAAAACUUGCUGCAGAUAUUUCAUGAAAAAUGCAAUCAUUAGUACACAGUGUUCGGGCGUUAAGCCUCCAAUCUGUUCAACUUAAACCUGUUAUUCUACAACAACAACACCAGCUGCCAUGUAUAGUUCAAGUUGUUCACAUGUCCUUCUUUAAAUCAGAGACUGCGGACACACUUUGGAAAACGAUGACGGGCGUGUCGCAGCAGGGAAAGAAAAGGGGUCGUGCACGAAAUCUUCUGAGGCCGAAAAAUCUAAACAGAGGUCAAAUGUACGGUUUCGGAAAGAAAAGGAUAGAUUUCCCCGGACUUUCCUCUAAAGUGUUAUCAGGUUCGGGAGCUGAUGUAAAAACUAAAAAUAUUGAAGAAAUGAGUGAGAGUACAUAUGAGAAGUAUGAGGACGGACUUCAAAGGAUUCGAGAAAUGACCGGACAGAAAAGGUUUAAACGAAAGGUGAGUGCUCUAGAGCGAGGUUGGAGCGGAGGGAAACCUCUCGGGAAGAAGUUCGGGGCUCCGCAGGCGGUUAAUAAAGAGCAAAGGUUUGAAAAUUUUGAUUCUAUUCUGCUGGAGUUUAAGACGGUGUUCCACAUGACAGGGAACCUGGGGAGGGUGCGACGUACUUCCGCUUUAAUGGUUACAGGUAACGGUAACGGUACCUUUGGUUACUCCCUCACCGCCGGUAAAUACGGCGGUAAUCAGAAAACUUUCAGAGCUGCAACCAACAAGGCAGGACUCAGACUAAUCAAUAUCGAAAGAUAUGAGGACAGGACUGUAUUUCAUGAUUUCUUCACACAGUAUUCUAAUACAAGAAUAACAGUACGACAAUGUCCCCCUGGAUCCGGGAUCACAGCACACAGAGGAAUCAAAGCAAUAUGUCAGCUUGCUGGUAUUAAAGAUAUUUAUGCUAAGGUUGAAGGAUCUAACCAUAUCCAAUCAAUAACUAAAGCAUUUGUCCUGGGAUUGCUCCGACAGAAGACCCAUCAGACCCUGGCAGAAGAGAAGAGAUUACAUUUGGUUGAGAUGAGACCGGAGAAUGAUUAUUUCCCUCGAGUUCUCGCAUCUCCAGUAGAAAACAAGGUUAGAACACAGGAAGAAAUUGGUCAUAAUGAAAUCUUAGAUUUUGAAAUGAUAUCUUUCGAGGGACAUCUUCCCACUCCCAGGAGGGAGAAGAAAAAUCCAUAUGAAGGAACUCCAGGCUGGGACAAAUAUCUCAGGCGUAACUGGGCAUAUAUCUCGCACCCUGAGGUCAGAAAGCGCAUGCGCGUAGAGAACGGAGAGCAGAGUGGUGCUGUCAGAUCUCAUCUUUACGAAAAAUAUCCUGAGUGUGUUGAGUGGGAUAAGUGGGGGAACUUCAAGAAGAAACAAGGAAGCAAGGAGCUUGAUUAGAUCCAUUAAUAUAUUUCAGA